AUGACGAAUAAUGAAAUGAGUGAUUUAAAAAAACCAUUAAAAGGUAGAAUUUUAAAAUGGAAUUAUCAAUUUAAAAGAAAAUUUUCAUUAAAAAAUAUUAAACGUGGAGUUUGUUCAAUAAUACCAGCUUUUUCAUGGAUCCCAAAAUAUAAUUUAAAACGUUCAUUGUUUAAUGAUCUUAGUGGUGGUCUUACAUUAGCUGUUUUUGCACUACCACAAGGUAUGGCACAUGCAUCAAUUACUAAUUUAGAUCCUAUUUAUGGAUUAUAUACAUCUAUAUUAGCAUCAUUUUUAUAUGUUUUUUUUGGGCAUUCAAGACAUAUUGCAUUAGGAACAUUUGCUAUAUUAUCAUUAGUUACAGAAAAAGCUAUACAUGAAGCAAUGGAACAACAUUAUAAUUAUACAAUACAUAUUAAUACCACAAAUAAUAGUGAAAUAAUAUCAUCAACAAUAAAUGAUAUAAAUACAACUGUUUCAUAUGAUAUAAUUAAUAAUUCUACUGAUAAUAAUAAUCUUACAAUUUUUGACAAAUUCAAUAAUACAUUAAUAAGUACACCAAUAUCAAAUAUUCAAAUAUCAUCUACUAUAACAUUUAUGGUUGGUAUUUUUCAUUUAUUAAUAGCAUUAUCUGAUAAAGAAUUUUGGUCAUGUUAUGUAUCAGAACAAGUAUUAUCUGGAUUUGUUGUUGGUGGUGCUGUUCAUGUAUUUUUUUCUCAAGUAAGUGAUGCUUUAGGAAUUUCAAUACCUAAAAGAUCAGGUACUGGAUAUUUAAUAUAUCGUGUACAAGAUUUAUUUUAUAAAAUUCCAAUGAUACAUUGGCCAACAGCAAUUAUAAGUUUAUCAUCAUUUUUUUUUAUGAUAUUUUGUCGUGAAAUAUUAAAUGUUUCAAUAAUACGUGUAUUUAGAAUACCUGUACCAUAUGAAUUAAUUUUAAUUAUUAUUGCUACAACUGCUACAAAUUUUGCCAAUUUAUCUACUAGAUAUAAAAUAAAAGUUGUUGGUAUGAUUCCAUCAAAAUUGCCUGUUCCAGCAGUACCAAAUUUUAAUAUUAUACCAUAUAUAAUUCUUAAUGCAUUUAUGAUAUCAAUUGUCUCUGGUGCUAUACAUAUAUCAGUUGUAAAAAUUGUUGAAAAAAGAUAUAAAUGUCAAAUAGAUGGAAGUCAAGAAUUAAGAUCUCUUGGAUUAGUAUCAAUUAUAUCAUCAUUUUUUCCAACAUUUACUGUAACAUCUGGUUUUGCAAGAUCUGUUUUUGGUGCUGCAGCAAAUAAUUGUACACAGUUAACAAGUUUUUUUACUGGAACAGCAUUAUUAUUUUUAAUAUUAUAUAUUGCUCCAGCAUUAGAAUAUCUUCCUAAAAGUGUUUUAGCAACUAUGAUUAUUGUUGCUCAAAAAGCAUCAAUUGAAAAAGUUAAAGAUGUCAAACAGUUAUAUCCUAUCUUUAAAAUUGAUUGUCUUAUUUUUAUUGUAAGUUUUUUAUUUACAAUAUAUUUUGAUAUGGCAAUUGGAUUAGCAUUAUCUGUAACAUUUGCAAUAUUAACAACUGUAGCUAGAAGUCAAUAUCCAAGAUGGCAUUUUAUGGUAAAAAAUAUGGAAAAUGGUGAUUUUAAAGAAACAUCAAAAAACGAUAUUCAAUAUAUUGAUGAAGAAAUUUGUAUUAUUCGUAUGGAUGGUCCCUUAAUAUUUACAUCAGUACAAAAGUUUUUUAAAGCAGUUAGAGAAGCAUUAAGAUUAUGGGAAAAAAGAAAUUUAUUGUUAGAAUCACGGGUAAAUACACAUGAUUAUUUAAAUCUCGAUUUUACAAAAAAGAAAAUUGAAUUUCCUUUAAUAAUUGAUUGUUCUGGUUUCCCAUAUGUUGAUUAUCAAGGAAUGUGUGCAAUGAUAAGAGUUUAUAAUGAAUUAUAUUCUGAAGGUAUUGAAGUUUAUUAUGCUGGAGCCAGAAAAGAUGUAUCAGAAACAUUAAAAAACAGUGAUUUUUUAAAAGUUGUUCCAGAAAAAAAUAUUUUUCCAAUACUUAAUAUGGCAGUUAAUGAAAUAAAAACAAAGUUAAAAAUUGAUACAAAAGAUAAUUAA